AUGAACUUCACAGCACUUUGCGCCGCUGUCGCGGUUGUGAGAAUCCUUCCAGACAGAUCUCAGUUCUUCCAUUACGACUCAGUUACGCUGAGCUGUGUGGACGGUGAAAACUCCUCAGACUGGACAGUGAAGAGAAACACGACCGGCGGCGAAACGGCAGACUGGGGAACGAGAAAUGGGUCGCGGCGUUCAAUAGAUGCUCUUUACCAGUUCGACAGCGGGCGGUACUGGUGUGAGUCCAGAACCGGGGCAUGCAGCGAGGCCAUCAAUGUCACUGUCACAGAGGGCCCCGUGAUCCUGCAGAGUCCCGUCCUUCCUGUGGCCGAGGGGGAGGCGGUGAUUCUUCGUUGCAUCCAUAGCAAUGCCUCUUCCUCCUCCAACUUCACAAAGUUUUAUAAGGACGGCCUCCUGAUCGGAAGCAGCUCCACUGGGAGCAUCGCCAUCCGAGACGUUUCCGAGUCUGAUCAAGGCCUCUACAAAUGCGACGUCGCUGGAGCAGGGGGAUCCCCAGAGAGCUGGCUGUCAGUCAGAGGACGCGAGCUGGACUCCUUCUGCUUUCAUCCCAUAUACGUGAUACUUCCUGUUGUCGCCACCUGCCUCUUGUUUCUCUGCGGGAUGCUGCUCUACCUAAGGAGGCGUGUCAGAGCCAAAGUGGAUGAUGACGUGUCCUACACUGACGUCACCUUCCCUCACACAGAGCUGCCGGAAACAAACGCAGGUGUGGUACUAGAGUGA